CUCUGUGCAAUAUUGAAUUUAUUUUCACCGAUGUUAUUUUUUAGCAGCGUCAUUGGAAAUAUGUGCAUACUAUCCGAUUAAAAUACAAUUUUUUCAAAUUGAGCACAACUCUGCCCUAUUUGAGAGAUCUGUAUUUUAAUCAGAUUGAUCUGCAUAGACUCGGUAAUGCAAGUUAUUGCCCUUGACAUUCUUUGUAUUCCAUAUGACAAUUAGAUGUUUCUUUUCGUAUCAAUGUUUUAAAACUAGUUUGGCCAUACGAGAGUUUUGCAUCACACUCAUCUCGUUAAAUGGGCCUUUAAUUGGUGUGAUUUAUUAUAACUGAUCAGUGAUGUGUGGUCUGGCUCUGUAAGACGCAUGUAUAUAAUUAUAGUAUAUAUUGCCGUAUCCAGAUGUUAAUGGAGUAAUGUGCCAUAUUUUGAUUUUUGAAAAUUGUAAAACGGUGAGAGAGACAUAAAAUAUUCUAUAUGACUUGAACUUCACUAAGCAUAUGGCAUACCUGCACGUAUAUAUAAAAAUUAAAAAAAUCAAUCCACAUCAUAUUAACACAUUGCACUCUAUUUCUCGGCGUAUUGAUAUAGUCCAUUGGUAUGGUUCCCGGUAAGAUUAUAUGACAAACUGAUUGAAUAUAGAUGAGGUGUGCUAUAUCAACUUUGUAUUUUAAAAAGUAGUCCACUCCAGGAGAUGGAUAGUAUAAGGUACUUCUUCCUCCUCGCUAUUUUUGUUAAUGGCGAGGCACCAUCAUCAUUAGAUUCUGUAGCUUUCAAUAAUGAGUUUCUAAAUCCAAAGAGCGUAGACCACAAAAAGUUGUCGGGACGUUGGUAUGAUCGAAUGGACACAUUGAACGCGACUUUCAGAAGUAACAUUUGUAGUGAUGUGGUACCACUCUGUGAUGGGACGCUGGUGAACACUUUAUUCCACUGGUUUUCCGAUCUGGGAGAGUGCCGUACCUCGGUGAUAGCUUUGCAUCCCCUGCGUUCCAAUUCUUCUGGACCAGAGACAGCAGUGAGGUUCUUAGCCACCUGGAUGUCCACAAAUGCUACAAUAGGGGUGUACACAAUUCUGUACUUUGACGACCACCAAGGGAUUGUGAUUGCGAGCCAACACACGGAACUGACAUCCGGGUACUAUGUUUCAACCCGACACAGGAAUCCCAGUCAUCUAGGACAGGCUGUCCGUGAUGCUUUAUCGGCUCUUGACUUGGAUCCUCGAAAACUAAACAUGGAAUCCACAGACUACGGCUGUGAAGAAACAAGAGAACAGGGGAUUGAUCUGUAAAUUGAAAAAAGGAAAAUCUCUUUAGAUGUGCAAUCAUUAAAUCGAUUUUGUUGUGUUGAAUAUAUAUAACAUAAACAAAUAAAUUC